AUGGCAUCUAACCCCCACCUAUUUGUCGGCAUCGAGAUAUCAUAUUCCAAUGGGAGGUCCGUACUUUUCGGCCCUAGCGGUGGCUGUGGUCUUUCCUUUUUUAUCGAUGGAUCGAAUGGGGAGCGUAUCAAUCGAAUCGGGGUCGUAGCAAGUCGGAGAUCCCACCCAGAAGUGAUCCUUGGUGGCUUACAGGUGUCCACAAACUAUGGACGGACUGCUACUUUCGCUCCUCUUCACCAUCGGCUCGAUCCAUCUGUUGACCUCAUACCGAUUUCACCGCCCAGAAACACCAUCACUGGGUUGGUUGCCUUUGAAAUGCAAUUCAUAAACCAGAUCCAGACAGCAGCUAAGCAGACCCAGGCAACCCUAACUUGCUUUGAGCGCGUCGGUAUUCAGUCCCAGCAGUGUGGCAAACAACCUAGCAUACCGGAUAUUCUGGAUUGUGAAUGCCAUCAAGUACCUGACGACCAGCUGCGAUAUGACGAAAAGUUCUCUCAUUUCAUAUACAGUAGAAGGUCCGCCGACUAUCAGACCUAUGCAUCACUGAAGAAUAUCCGGAAAAUCCAGGCAUCCACGGGCAUCCAAGGUCAAUCUAGGUCUCGAAGUCGGAUAUCCGGUUUGAAGCUCGAGUAUCAUAAUCAUCCAAGCCCUGGUAUUGUAGGACAAUGGAUGCAUCAACUCGACGAUGGAUUUGAACUAUCCCAAGACGAGGACGUCCAAUCCUUGACUAUCUGGCUCAUUCCGACGGGGUUCUCUUCUCAGUCCCCGGGGAUGGCAAUAGGCCAAGUUGCAGCCAUAUACAUUGAGACGACACGUUCUCGCAGUGUGAUGUUUCGCCCUCCGGACUUCCAGUCCAUCUCAUCCCAAUCGCUGCAACACCACCAGUAUCAAGGUGACUCCGACGAGAAACUCACAGCUAUCUCUUGGAUAUUGAAUCUAUCCUCUGAACGCGUCCGAGCUGUCAUUUCUACAAAUGGAAGCCGCCGAAAAGCCCUAAUAUUGGUUCCCGAAGAAGUACCUCCUUUUGACCAGGUACGGAAACUCUGCUUUGAGAAGCAAGAUGACGAUGACUGUAGAGAGACCAUAAUCACAGCCGAGGCCUACUUCAAGGACCACGCAAUAGUCGGACUAGCCUUCGUUUAUAUGUCAGGUAGAAUAGCAAGCACAGGUGAGCUCGAUACCGAGACCCGUCAAAUAGUUCAUUUUACACUGGAUGCUCGGAUUGUUGGCUUGUCGGUUGUGGCCACAGAGCACAAGCUUAUGGAAAUCGAGUUCGAGGUUGAACGGAAUGAGCAGCCUCGGUACGAGAAGCUUAGGCUUUCUGCCACUUUGCCCAAUGACCUGGCCCAUACCGCUGGUCUUAACCGGCGAGAGAUGUGGUGUAAGGAUGAUGCGUCUGUGGAAAGCUGCCAGUGGGUGUUAGAGCCGGACAGAGUAUACAAGCCCCCGAGUGGGUCGAGGCUUAUCGGUAUCUACAUGCGCUGUCAGGAGUUCUACCGUGUUGGGGCAUUAUACGAGUCCGAUGUUUCUCAAGAGACAUAA